AUGGAGCGCAAAGCUAGUACUGCAAGAAGUGACCUAGAGCAGAUGUUAGUCCAGGAAAUCGUGGAGCCCAAGGCCCUGCCAUUAUCACUUUUGCAAGACAUCACAAGUGAUUUCUCUGAUGACCAAGAGAUUGGAAGCGGUGGAUUUGCAGUGGUUUAUAAGGGAAUUCUUGGCGAUAGGGCGGUCGCCGUGAAGAAGCUGCUGAAGGAUGUAAUGGAUGAAAACGAAUUUUGGCGAGAGAUUGAAUGCCUCAUGCGUGUAAAGCACAAAAAUGUAGUAAGAUUUCUAGGAUAUUGUGAUGAUAGACAAGGAAAUAUUGCAUGGUACGAAGGAAAACGUGUCAUGGCAGAUGUCCACCAAAGAUUGCUUUGCUUUGAAUAUAUACCUAAAGGGAGUCUUGAAAAGUAUAUCAAAGAUGCAAAUCGUGAGUGGGCAACAUGCUAUAAAAUAAUCAAAGGGAUUUGUGUGGGUCUACAGUACCUUCAUGAGAAUCGUAUUAUUCACAUGGAUCUGAAACCUGCCAACAUACUGCUCGACGAUAACAUGAUACCGAAAAUUACUGAUUUUGGACUGUCAAGAUGCUUCGAUGAAAAUCAAAGCCGGGAUAUUACCAAAACUAUAAUAGGAACAAUGGGAUAUUUGGCACCAGAACAUCGUGAAGGGGGUGAAAUCGCAUGCAGCGGUGACUUGUAUAGUCUUGGUGUUAUUAUCAUAGAAAUACUGACUGGACAGAAGGGGCAUCAAGAUACUGAGGAUGUACUUGAAAGUUGGAUUGAUAGAUUGGAGAGAUCACAACGAGACAAGCUAUGCGAACAAAUACGAGUAUGCUAUGAGACUGCUUUAGAGUGCAGAGAGUUCAAUCCAAAGAAGAGGCCAGCUAGUGCACGGAAUAUAAUUGAUAGGCUUCAUGAAAUGGAAAGUAUCCAGGUUAAUUACACACCACAUGCAAAUGGAACGCAAAGCUAG